CGUGACAUUUCAAGGUCAUAUCGCCCGGAUGUGCCCAAACGGCUGCGGCGGGGGAGCUGCAUCAGCGCCAGCACCUCCUCCGCCGUCCACCGAGCCGGCAGCAGAGCGCCGGUAAUCCAGAUGCUGCUCGACGGGCGACCGUGUCACGCGCUGGUGGACACGGGCUGCGAGGAGACCGUGGUGUUCGCGGGUUGUGUCGAUAAAUGGGAUCGAUGUGAGACAAACUUGACCGCGGUGAAUGGGAGUGCCGUGCGAUGCUGCGGGAGUGCAGAGGUGCUGCUGGAGGCACAAGGCCGGCGGGCGGUGGUCCGUGCUGUGGUAGUGGCGGAAAGGUUGUUGGGUGUUGACGUGCUGUUGGGCAUGACCGGGUUAGAGGCGCUGGGUGGUGUGUUUGUUAGUGGUGGAGAGGUGCGUUUUGGUGGUAAAGUGGUGACGGGGGAGCGUUCGGGGUGCGCCGGUGUAAAGGCAGAAUCGAGCGGUAUGUCGGCAGCGGUGUCUCAGGGGCGUGGUCCAGUGGACAGACAGAUCGAGACGGCUGAUUUUGUGGCUAAGUUCAGCGACGGAAAGUGGACAGUUUGGUGGAAGUGGGCCGACGGAAAGGAGCCAAAACAACUCAAGAAUACUGUGCCGCAAUAUCGCGUGCCGGCAGAGUCGCAGGAGCGGUUCGACGCAGAGUUACGGCUGUGGAUCGAGGAAGGGUGGCUGCAACCGUACAAUGAGCAGGAACACGGGCCGGUGCGUGGCCUAAUUCCGCUCAUGGCGGUCACCCAGGAAGCCAAGGACAAGGUCAGGCCGGUGCUCGACUACCGUGAACUGAAUGAGAACCUGGUGGCUCAUACGGCUGAAGCUGAUGUGUGCCGCGACCAGCUCCGCAAGUGGCGGCAACACGGCGACGAUGUGGCCGUCAUCGACCUGAAGAAGGCGUUUCUGCAGCUGCACGUGGCCCAGGAGCUGUGGCCGUUUCAGACGGUAAUCGUGGACGGCCAGCGACAUUGUCUGACAAGGGUCGGAUUUGGUCUCAGCGUUGCAAGCGGCAUCAUGCGAGCGGUAGUGCGGGAAGUUUUGGAUCAAAGUCCAGAGAUCGCAAAAGCAGUGCUCCCGUACGCUGACGACCUGCUCGUCAACGAGACGCUCAUCUCGGCUGAGCGGGUGGCCGAACAUUUUUCCGCAUACGGGCUCUCGUGUAAGCCACCGGAACGGGUAGCGGAUGAGGCCGGAGCCCGGAUGCUGGGGCUCCGAGUGAGACGGCAGUCUGGCGGUGACGGCACACUGAGAUGGUCUCGGGACGGCGUGACACCAGCUGAGCCACCCGGGGUGCUGACCAGGCGGUCAAUCUUCGCCUGGGCGGGUCAGCUAACCUCACACGUGCCCGUCGCCGGGUGGCUGCGGCCGGCCGCUGCCUGGCUGAAAAGGGCGGCGAACAAGGUCACCAAAGAUUGGGACUCACCGAUCACCGACGAUGACCUGCGCAAACAAGUCAGUGAUGUGGCCCGGCGGCUGGCAGAGUGUGACCCGGCACGAGGACAGUGGUGCGUCUCAGGAGACUCGGUGACGGUGUGGACUGAUGCCAGCUCCAUCGCCCGCGGCGUAGUGCUAAGUGACCCCACCACGGCGCUGGCUGACCGACAGGCCGUGCCCGACUGA